GUCAUUGAUCGAGUGUAAAUCGUUAAUAACGAAAAAUCAACGAUUUGAAUAUGUUUCGAGACGGCUCCGACUCGCUGGGCACGAGAUCACUACCCGGACGCGAACAGUCGUGGUCAUCAUCGUCGGUUUGCUCCACAAUCGCGGAACAGCAAAACACUGCAUACGAUCUCGUCUCAAGCCAUGAAAUACUUCCGGUCUCACUUUCCGAUGUGUCGUUUUUCAAUGAAGACGAAGAUGACAGAGACCGAGCGUUCCAAUGUACGUUGGCCAUCAUCAAACCAGAAAUCGCCAAUCUAAUGUACAAGGUGGAAUGCAUAAUGGCGCAAAAUGGAUUUAUCAUCAAAGAGAAAGCAGUGUUACGCUUAUCCCGAGAUCAGGCAGCGGAGUUCUACGACGAGCAUGCGCUGGCUCCAUACUUCGCCAAACUUGUCGAUCACAUGUCCGAGGUCCCAAUAGUGGUGUACGUGUUGUCCAAAAGAAAUUGCGUCGAAGAAUGGCUGCGACUGAUUGGGCCGGCAAACGUUUCUCGCGCUAAACGUUUGUUUCCGGUCAGUCUGCGAGCCAUUUACGGUACGGAACUAGGACCAGACCCAGUAGCCAACGCGUUCCACGGCAGCGAUUCUCCGGCCGCAGCUGAACGAGAAAUAAAAUUCUUUUUCCCAAAUAGCAAAGUGGAUUCGACCAUAGACAGUGGAGACGACGACGUAGUGCAGUACAUAAAGGAUACCAUGAUGCCAACGAUUUCCGAAGGACUGACAGAAAUGUUCAACAUUCUACCCCAAGACCCGUUAAGAUGGUUUGGAAAUUGGUUGUUAACCAAGGGCAAAUAGUGAAUAUUAUUAUCAUAGAACACUAUAGAAGCGACACUCACCCCUCCACUUUUAUUUUCUUCAUUUAGGAGCGACAAGAAUGAUGUAAGCUUGGCGGUAAGGCAUGAUACGAACGGAACACUUUUAACAUCGAAAUGCAUUGCUCGAGAUCAGCCCGCCAAUUUUUUUUUUAAAAAAUGUCACUGCAUAUUACCACUUAAUAAGAUUUGUAUAACCCUUCUUCCUAGAAAUUUUUUUUUUAGGAGGGCGCACUCAAAAUUUUUUGCCAGGAGCGCCACCAAUACGCCCCGUCUUUUAUGUUUAUGGGUCACACUGUUAAUUAAAAAAUUUAAUUGUUUGUUUUGUCAACAUUGCGAACUGCGGUAUUCGAUUUCGAUGACACAUGUCUUGUACUCUGGUCUGAACGGUUGUUUUUUACGCUUUUUGAUUAUUUACAUGUGUUUUUUUGCAAUUAUUUUUUACCUUGUUUUUUG